AUGCCGUCGAAAAAGAAAAAAUCCACAGCUUCGGAAGAAACCGAAGAGGUCGAUGACGAAGUGGAGGAAACGGAGCCAAGGCUAAAGGAGCGUAGCAACGGGGUGACCCGUGGGGACACCGCGAAGGGAGAGAAGAGUCGGAGGAAACACAAGAGCGCGGAGAGCUCUGAGAGUCAGGAGGCUCCGGAGAGAGAGAAGAAGAUAAGAGAGGGUGACAAAUCCAAAGAGAAAAAGAAGAAGAAGAAGAAACCGGGCGAUGGUGUUGAAGCUGGUGCUGUGAUUGAUAAUGAGGCGGUGGAGGGUGAGCAAAACAAUAAUGACCCCAAGACCAAUUCCAAAAAGGAGAAAUCAGGGAAGCUCAAAGAGGAGGUGACUGAGACCGCUAAGAAGGAAAAGAAGAAAAAGAAGAAGAAAUCCUCCACAGAGAACCCGGAGGAAGAGGAGGAGAUGGGUUCCAAGGAAAAGAAGUCGAAAGACGGAAAGAAGAAGAAGAAGUCUCACGACGACGGGGACGAGGAGCCCUUGAUCCAGGAGCAGGAGGAGGAGGAAGAGGACCCGAAGAAAAAGAAAAAGAAGAAGGCAAAGAAAGGGUCAGUGGACAGUGAUGAAGAUAAGAAGAAGAAGGGGAAGAAAUCCAAAAGUAAACAGGUGGACUAUGGUGUGCUCUACCAGGAGCAGCUGAUGAACUACCACACAGAUUCAUCCGAUGGAUACGAGGACGAGUACUACAAAAAGAAAGUGUAUGAGGUGGUCACUGUCACUGGUGACGUAAAGGGAGCCGGGACGGAUGCUAAUGUAUUUGUCACCCUUUUUGGAGACUUUGGCGUCACGCCUAAGGUCCACUUGGCAAGCAAGAGCCGAACUGCAUUUGAGAAGAAUAAAACGGAUGUUUUCCGUAUCAAAACGCACAACGUGGGGCCUCUGAAGAAGCUGAGGAUCGAGCACGACAACACGGGGAUGAACGGCAGCUGGUUCUUGGACAGGGUGGUGGUGACCGACAUGAACCGGCCACAUCUGCGCUUUUACUUCGCCUGCAACAACUGGCUGAGUCGGGAGGAGGCGGACAACCAGUUUGUCAGGGACCUGCUGGGCAGCAUGAACCCCAUGGACGUCCCCAAAUCAAAUAAGUACAUAGUGAGUGUGUUCACUGCUGACAUGAAGGGAAGUGGAACUGAUGCAUACGUCUUCCUAAACGUCUUUGGAGAGAAUGGUGAUACAGGAGAGAGGCGACUGGACAGUGACAAAGACAACUUUGAGCGCGCGUCAGAGGACAAGUUCACGGUCGAGGCGCCAAACUUGGGAAGGCUGAGGAAAAUCACGAUUGGCCACAACAACAGAGGCUCAUCAGCUGGAUGGUUUCUAGACAAGGUAGUGAUUGAUGACAUGGGGAAUAAAGAAAUCUAUGAGUUCCCAGUUAAUCGUUGGUUUGCCAUGGAUGAAUGCGAUGGCAAAAUACAGAGAGACGUGUUGGUUGGAUCUGUGCAACCAAUGGGAAUCGUAUACAAUGUACAAGUAAUGACUGGCGACGUGAGGGGUGCAGGCACCAACUCUAAGAUCCACAUCGUCAUGCACGGCUCCAAGGGCUUAAAGAACAGCGGCAAAGUGUUCCUGGAGGGCGGUGCCUUCGAGCGCGGUCUCAUCGACAUUUUCAACGUGGAGAUUUGUGACCUCAUCAGCCCGCUCAGCAGGGUCACCAUCGGGCACGACAACGGGGCCGUAGGGGCUGGAUGGUACAGUGAAAAGGUUGUGAUAUACUGCCCGUUCACGGGCAUCGAGCAGACGUUCCCGUGCGGGAAGUGGCUGGACGAGGACGAGGGGGACGGGCUGAUCGAGAGGGAGCUGUACGAGAUGGUCUCUCAAAGGCAGAGGAAACAGAAGAAGUACCCAUGGUCCCUGUGGAUUUUGACAUCAGAUGUGAAGGGGGCAGGGACCGAUGCCCAGGUGUUUCUGCAGAUCUACGGAGAGAAGGGCAAGUCUGACGAGAUCAGACUGGAAAACAACUCGGACAGCUUCGAGCAGGCCCAGCUUGAUAAAUUCAUGAUUGAAAUGCCAGACAUGGGGAAACUGCGGAAAGUACGCAUCUGGCACGAAAAGAGACAUCCGUUCGCUGGAUGGCAUUUAGCGACGGUCACUUUGCUCAAGACCUUGACGAUGGAGAAAUAUUCUUUUGAAUGUGGCCGUUGGCUGGACAUCAACGAGGACGACAAUGAGAUCGUCAGAGAACUCCCGGCCACCGGAGAGCUCAUCGAAGAGCCGCUGGCCCUGAUAAAGUAUCGUGUUACCAUCUGCACUGGCAACGUCAGUGGCAGUGGCACGGACGCCAGCGUCUUCCUCAAUGUCAUCGGUGACCUGGGUGACACGGGGGAGAGACUCAUGUUUAUGAGCAAGAACAAUGUCAACAAAUUUGAAAAGGGCAAUCACGAUGAGUUUCUCAUCGAGUCCGUGUCUUUGGGCCAAGUUCGCAGAGUUCGUAUCGGCCAUGAUGGCCGCGGGGGAGGCUGCGGCUGGUUCCUCGAUAAGGUGAUGAUCCGGGAGGAGGGCCAGCCAGAGAGCUCGGCCACCGAGUUCCCCUGUUUCAGGUGGUUGGACCGUAAUGAAGACGAUGGACAGAUCAUCCGUGAGCUAGUCCCGGCUGGAGACGGCCUGCUCCUCUUUAAUGUCAGCUACCAUAUAGCGAUUAAGACCGGCAGUGUGAAUGGGGCCAGCUCGGACUCCAAGGUGUUUGUCAAGCUGUACGGAGAGAAGGGCGACACCAACAAGAUGAUACUGGCGGUGUCCGACAACGACCUCAGGAACUACUUUGAGGCGGGACAGACGGACAUCUUCACCAUCGACACCUAUGACAUUGGACGGAUCAGCCGUUUCCUGAUUGGUCACACUAAUGAGGGCUUGCGGGCCGGCUGGUUUCUGGACAGUGUGCAGAUCUCUGUACCGGUUCAUGGGAUGCAGUACAUGUUCCCAAGCCACCGCUGGCUCUGCAAGGACGAGGCUGACGGGAAAGUGGAGGUGGAGAUCUAUCCCAGUGAGGUCUUGGAAAUCGAAAAAUUGAUCAACUACGAAGUAACAGUGGUCACAGGGGACAAGCAUGCAGCCGGCACCAACGCGAAUGUCUUCUGUCAGAUCUACGGAGAUGAAGGGAAAACCGAAGUCCUUGUGCUCAAGAGUCGCUCCAACAAUUUCGAACGCGCCACCACUGAGAUCUUCAGGAUUGAGGCUCUGGAUGUCGGUACGAUCUACAAGAUCCGCAUCUACCACGACGGGAAGGGUGUCGGAGACGGCUGGUUCCUGGAGACGGUGGACGUCAAGCGGCUGAAGAUGGCGAUGGUGCAGGUUGAGGUGAAGAAGCCGGACACCAAGAAAGACAAGAAGAAGGAUAAGAAGAAGAAAAAGAAAGAGGAAGAGGAGGAGGUGGAGAUAGUGGAGGAGCUGCAGGAAGUAGUGGAGACCUUUUCUUUCCCGUGCGGCCGCUGGCUGGCCAGGGAUGAGGAGGAUGGGGAGCUGGUGGUGGAGCUGCUGACUGAGGGCAAUGAAGACCUGGAGGUGAGCUCAUAUGAGGUUCAUGUGUUCACUGGGACUAUGUGGGGGGCGGCGACCGAUGCCGACGUCUACGUCAACAUCUACGGAGAGAUCGGCGACACGGGCGAGCGGCGGCUCAGGAAGGCCAACAACUUGAAUAAAUAUGAGAAAGGCCAUGAGGACAUUUUCAACAUCACAGCGGUGGACUUGGGGACCUUGAAGAAGCUGAGGAUCCGACAUGACAACUCUCAGGCCAGCGCCGGCUGGUUUUUGGACCGAGUUGAAAUCGUAGACAACAAAGAUGACACCACGUACUUUUUCCCUUGUAAACGCUGGCUGGCUGUUGAUGAGGACGAUGGUCAGCUUGCCAGGGAGCUAGUCCCUGUGGACGAGGCCUUCAUGAAGAAAGGAGAUGAUAGUGAUGAUGAAGACUCUGAAACCACACUUGGUCUGGAACAGAAAGCCAUGUCAACAACGUACACAAUGAGGAUAAAAACUGGUGACAAAAAGUAUGGAGGAACUGACGCUAAUAUCUUUAUGAUUCUGUACGGCACCAAAGAUGACACAGGGAUAAUUAACCUGAAGGCUUCAAAAACUCAUAAGAAUAAAUUUGAGCGCGCUAUGGUCGAUGAGUUCAUCGUGGAGGCCGUGGACAUUGGACCCCUGAAGAAGCUGCGUGUCGGACACGACAACUGUGGUGGAGGAUCAGCAGGCUGGUUCCUUGACUGGGUGGAGAUCGAUGCCCCGUCUCUUGGCCUGAAACUGCACUUCCCCUGCGGCCGCUGGUUGGAUAAAGGCGAGGAUGACGGGGCCAUCGUCAGGGACCUUUUCCCUAAUUCUCUUCAGACGGAGCUUUACACCCCAUUUGUUCCUUAUGAAAUUAAAGUCUCCACGAGCGACGUGUUUGCAGCCGGCACGGACGCCGACGUCUUCAUCGUCCUCUACGGGCGCGAUGCGGUGUGCACCCAGCAAAAGAGUCUGUGUGUCAACAAGAGGGAGAGGAGGAUGUACUUUGAGAGAGAAGCUGAAGACAUGUUUAUUGUUGAGCUAGAAGAUGUGGGCGAUGUCAUUGAAAAGAUCCGGAUCGGCCACGACAACCGCGGGAUCAACCCGGGCUGGCAUCUGGACAGCGUGGAGAUCAGACGUCUGCUCAGGAAGGGAAAGGGCUCGGAGACCGUCAUCUUCCCAUGCGAAUGCUGGCUCGCCAAGUCUGAGGACGAUGGAGAGACGGUGAGGGAGCUGGUGCCCUCCGACAUCAUCACCGAGAAACUUUCACGAGACGGGAGCCUGAAAUUCACCGAAGUGGAGGUGGACGACGCCCUGGAGACUCACACGUACGACGUGUCAGUGAUGACGGGCGAUGAGUACGGAGGAGGCACCGAUGCCAACGUCUUCCUCACCAUUUACGGGGACCAGGGGGACACCGGGGAGAGGAAGCUCCGAAAGUCAGAGACAAACGGCAACAAGUUUGAACGAGGAUCUGUGGAUAAGUUCACCAUAGAAGCCGUUGACCUCGGGCAGGUUUUCAGGAUCAAGAUCCGCCACGAUAACAGCAUGAUGAGCGCCGACUGGUACCUGGACCAGGUGGAGGUGGUCGACGUGGAUACGGAAGAGGCCUAUCUCUUCUUGUGUGAACGUUGGCUGUCCAGGAAGAGGGAGGACCGGCGCAUUGACAGAGUCUUCUAUGUGAAGGGCUACGAGGGUGUUAGAGAAAGCCUCAACAGCAAAAAGAAGAGCUCGGUCGUGACGGUGAAGAGCGUCGACAGUAACAUGAACAAAAAGAGCAAAAAGAAGAAGGAGGAGGAAGUUGAGCUCCCGAUCAUACCAUACCACUUCACCAUCUGCACCGGACCGGAGCGUGACGCGAGCACCACCAGCCGGGCUUACGUCAUCAUAAUCGGUGCCAAUCACACCCAGACGGAGAGGCUGUGGCUGGACCUGCCGGACGAGAGGCAGGGCUUCGAGGCCGACUCUCUGGAGAGCUUUCAGUCCCACGGCUCAGAUGUGGGGGAGAUCAAAAAAGUCGAGCUCGGUCAUGACGGGGCCACUCCGGAGAGCUGCUGGCUGGUUGAUGAGCUGUCAGUUGCCGUGCCAACCAAAGGGGUCAAAUAUGUCUUCGCUUGCAAGUGCUGGCUGGCCAAAGAUCGAGGAGAUGGUUUGACUUCUCGAGUGUUUAACGUGCUGGAUGCAGAGGCCAUUUGCAUCUCCCAGCAGGUUAUUUACGAGGUGACCGUGGUAACGGGAGACGUGCAGAACGCAGGGACAGACACCCAGAUCUUCAUGUCUGUGUUCGGAUCCAAUGGCAGCACAGAGGAGAUGCUGCUGCAGAAGAACGAGGACAGGUUCGAGCGCGGUCAGGAGGACACUUUCAACAUGGAGAUAGACGACAUUGCUCCACUGAGGAAAAUGAGGCUUCGUAUCGAUGGCUCCGGCAGUCGACCCGACUGGUUUCUGGAUCAGGUGAUCAUGCGUAACCUGACCACAGAGGAGGUGUCCUCCUUCACCUACGAGGAGUGGCUCUCCAGGACCCGAGGGCCGAAGAGGACCAUGCUCUGCGAGAUGGCCGCGGUGGUGGACGAGGAGCUGAUGGUGGAGCUCACCACGUAUACCGUCCAGGUCAAGACCAGCGACAGCGCAGGGGCCGGCACCGAUGCCAACGUGUGGAUCAUAGUCUUCGGAGAGAACGGAGACACGGGGACGCAGGCGCUGAAAGAGUGCAGCAAGUCCAACAAGUUUGAGCGCAAGCAGCUGGACACGUUCCGCUUCUCGGAGAUCCUCAGCAUGGGAGAGCUCUCCAAAAUACGAGUCUGGCACGACAACUCAGGUCCCGCUCCAGGAUGGCACUUGGAAUACAUCGACGUGAAGGAUGAGAUCCUGGACAAGACCUUUCGUUUUCCCUGUGACCGCUGGCUCGCCAAGAAUGACGACGAUGGACAGAUAAUGAGGGAACUGGCGUGCGCCAACAACGACUUCUUGGACCUCAACGAGAAGACCAAGUACGACAUUUGUAUCACGACUGGAGACACGGAAACCAAAGAAAAUGCCUGGAUUGUCCUUGAGGGGAGGAAGGGCCGAUCAAAAGAAUUUGUAAUGGAGAACUCCUCGAAGAAGAAAAGGUUCUUGCGGGGAAAUGCUGACAGGUUUGACUUUUCGUCCAAGAACCUGGGCGAUAUCGCCGGUAUCUGCCUGGGCCACACACCCAAGGACGGAAAGAAAGUAAAGGGGGAGGUUUUCUGGAAAGUGGAGGAGGUCGUUGUCACUGAAAGGGAACUGGGAAACAAGUACAUCUUCACUUGCAACGCCCUCAUCCCCCUCUCUCCAAAGAGGGACGAUUUCUUAACCGUCGAGUGCUCAAAGGCCAUCGAGAGCUUCGCCAGUAAAGCGCGAAGCCUCGUGCCCGUCAAGUACGAAAUCAUCGUCGUCACGGGAGAUGAGAAGGGAGCCGGUACGGACGCCAACGGUUUCAUCACCAUCUACGGCACCAAUGGAGAUUCGGGCCAACGGCCUCUCAGGCAGAAGUUUCGAAACCUUUUCGAACGCGAGCAGACGGACCGGUUCCUGCUGGAAAUGCUGGACAUGGGCGAGCUGCAGAAGGUCCGGGUGGAGCACGACAACGCUGGCACGAACCCCAGCUGGCUGCUGGAUCGCGUGGAAGUCACCAACACAGCCAAUGGCGUCACCACCAUCUUCCUGUGUGGGAAGUGGCUGGACACUAAGAGGGCCGACGGGCUGAUAGCCAGGGUCCUCUACCCGAAAUACUAGAAGAACUAUGUAUUCAACCACAGACAUUAUGCUCUGGCAAGUUGUGCAUCUCAGAAACUCAGACAGAUUUUUGUACUCAUAGUUUUUUUUAUUAGUAUUAUAUUAUAUUUGGAUAUUUAAUACUACCUGGGAAUAUAGCCUGCAAAGAAAUACUGUGGCAAUGUCUUCAUAGGUCAGGAAACUGAAUGUGCCAUUCUUUUUAACUUUCAUGAGUCAGGGAUGGUUUGUUGAGUUUUGUAUAAAUAUUAAACUCUUUUUGCACUACUCAAUAUACAGCUGCCUGUUUGACUCUUAUGUGUUAAUUCAAACAUCCAAACUAGAGUAAAAAAAAAAAAGCUGCACUAAUCAAUGCUUUUACAUUGCCAAUUGAUUUUAAGACUGUGUAAAGUUUCGUGUGGGACGGACACACUGAGAAUUAUUAACUGGCUCUCAUUUCAUCACAUCGCAGCUUUUCUUCCGAUGUCUUGGUUUUACAGCCUCACAGAUUCACUUAUUUGGGGUUAUUUCCCCCACUCUCAUAAAUCCAUUGUCAGCAGUAUUUAGCCGGUUUCAGGGGGAAAGACACAGCUAUGAACCAAAUGGCUGACACACACCGUUAUCGACUACACUAAAAAAAAUGAUUCAAGCCCUUCUUAGAGGUGACACAUUUAAAUAUUGUUUGAUACAUUUAAAUAAAUCAAUUACAAAAAUAGAUAUUUAUAUUUAAUGGGUGUAACACAAAAUGUAUGAAUACUUUCAUUUAUUAGAUUUAUUUAGGUUAGAUGGUGUGCAUAUCAACUCAAAAUAAAUGUGUUUCAUUGAGAACUACUCUUUGCGCAUGCGCCAGCUGAAAAUCAGUUGUUUACAUGAGGUGAAGACACUUUCAGGGCUGUAUGGUGGUGUAGUGGCUAGCACUGUUGCCUCACAGCCAGAGGGCCGUGGGUUCAAUUCCCAGUCGGGGCGUUCCUUCUGUGUGGAGUUUGCGUAUUUUUUUAGUUAGCUAGUUUAUAUUUUGAGUUAGACAAACACAAAUGAAUUUAAUUUAAUGAAUAUCGUUAUUUUAUUUUAGAUGUAUUUGUUACAAAUGAGUUGGACUAACUUAAUUACAUUUUAUUGCACUGAUGUGCUAAAUUUGAGUUGGAGUGGCAUAUAAUUAUUGGAUGGAAAACCUGCCAACAAUAUAAUUGAGUUCAUCCAAUGAGUCAUUUCUUUGAGUGUAGCUGGUGGAGAAAGUGGAGCAUUUAGUAGCGGAGACACACAUUUCCCUUUAAGACGGACAACAACUGAGAUAAUGGGAUUCAGUCCUAAUGAAUACUAAAUGGUGCCAUGUGAAACAUGACUCAAAAUAUCACCGUUGUGUGGGGAGAAAAAAAACAAAUCUAUUGUUGCCCGAAAGACUGAAUAUUAUAAAAAUGUGUCAGAAAUGAUGCUCAAUACAUCUUGAUACUUACACCUGAUUUAAUAAAGGUAUAUUAUUAUCUUAUUUCUCAUAUUUUACCUAAUAAUAGCAUCUUAACCCUUGUGUUGCCUUCGGGUCAAUUUGACCCGAUUCAAUGUUUCACCCUCCUGUCGCCUUCGGGUCAAUAUGACCCGAUUCAAUGUUUAACCCUCCUGUUACCUUUAUAUUUACUAACAUAUUUUACCCUUGAGGUCAAUAUGACCCCAGCUAUUAAAAUCUCCAGAAAAUUAUUAGAAUUAAUAUUGUUUUCCAAGUUUAAGUGUGAGGUACUUUAUGUUUGUUUGUUGACUCCCGAAAGAACACCGACAUUAAACAUUGAAUCGGGUCAAAUUGACCCGAAGGCGACAGGAGGGUUAAAUAUUGAAUCGGGUCAAAAUGACCCGAAGGCAACACAAGGGUUAAGUGUCAAAAAGUCCAAUUAAAACUACAUCUUAUCGGGAGCUUAGAUCAUACUACACCAGCAUAUAAAACAUAAAAAACCAGAACAUUUCCAUUUUAUCCAAUUUAUUACAAAAAGAGCACAUACAAAAGGAUAAUAUACAAGCCAUGAAAUAAAAUUAAAAAAACAGAACAGUUUGGGUUUAGCAAUGCAACUUUUGAAAUCAUUAUUAUUAGUAGUACUUUUUUUGUAAUAAAGUACAAAAUUCCACCACAUGUGACUAACAUUUAUCCAUAAUAUGCUCAUCCAUUUCUUCAUCAACACACACAUCACCAUUAAUGCGCUAUUGCUUUAAUAUUAAUGAUAAAUAGUUCUAUUUUCAGAUAAAAUAUCCUAUAUUGAAAAACAUUGCGCAGUCACAGCUAAACAGCAGAGCUUCGUACGAGGAUGGCGGCAGCCCUUUCACUGGCACUUUUUGGGAUAUUUUCUCUUCAGUUUUUGUGUUUUCAGUUUCAAACAGCGACAAAAUUAUUUUUUUCCCCCCCCUCUCCGAUAUAUUCUUUGUAUAUAUUUUCCCCAUAUACUAUUAAACCAUUGAGACUAUAUUGAAACCUGAGAAAACAUGCAUUUUUAGAAAAAGGUUGUGCUUUAAUAUCCUUGCCUUCCUUUGAGACUGUGAAAGGAAACGGAGGAUAGAGUCUGAGAAGAGAGAUGGACGGUAAAAUAAAAUAAAAAGGAGGUGGAGAGCGGGGA